AUGACGAGUAGAAAGAUCAUGCGCUGCCGAGGCGCGAGAGGGCAUCUGGUGCUCUAUAAUCCACUUACAGUGCCUCAUGAAGUACCGCAAGAGCUUGAAGGUGUCUACGGAUUCCAACCAAAAGAAGCAACAGGCUGCCUUGCUGACGUGAUGAUUUCGCAGCGAAAAGGCGAGUUUCCACCUGUGGCUUUCAUGCUUAUCCAUAAGGAGGUGUCAGAGUUUUCAAUCGAGAACACAAUUGAUAGGAAAGAACUCGACGCAGAGAAGGCGUUUGAGAAUGUAUUUGCAAUCGCUGUUCUUCCAAUCCCGCAGUACUCAAAGUUGCAGCUACUUGCAAUUAGCAGCUCGGUAAAGAUCAAGAUGUUUUCAGCUUUUAGCAUUCCUGCUGCUGUUAAAGUCAUGGUGUCUGUCCACGAGAAGCUUGCUUUUCAAGUCUCCGAAAAGGCUGACGAGCUCAACAAGCGCAUGAACGAUGAGUUACUCACUCGCAAGCAUGCAAUGGACACCUUGCAAGCUAGUUUUCCAUUCCUUUCUGAUGUCGAGUGUGACAUGCUACUCGACCUUUUCGGCAAUAUUGCGUCAAUUGCUCAAGCUGGAGCGGAAAAACUGCUAGACGUGACUGUGUUGAGCACAUCAGCAGCACAUGCAAUUGAGCACUUUUUCAAAACCGAGUAUGUGGUGGAGUAG